AUGAACCUUUGGCUGUUGCUGUGGUUUCUGGCCGCGACCUGCCUUCUAACAACUGGCACCAAUGAUACCAGCACUGAGCUCAGUGUUUGCCGCACGCAGAAAGGCCAUGAUGUGUCCUGUCAAAACCGAAAUCUGACUGAGGUGCCUGAUCUUUCACUGCCGGCUAUUAGAAAGCUAGAUUUAUCGCAUAAUUCCAUCGGAGCACUGACAGAGGAAUCACUGCUGACCCUUGGUUCACUGCGGCAUCUGGAUGUCAGCAACAACCAGCUGAAGACCAUAACAUCAGGCGCUCUGGGACAUCUGAGUAAACUGAGAGAGCUCAAUUUGUCAAACAACCUCCUGACCAGAAACUUUUCAUCAGGGAGCGGAGCGUUCAGCCUGUUACACAAACUGAAAGUAUUACAUCUGUCGGACAAUUACUGGGACAGCGACACUGUUGCUCAGCAACUGAAGAACCUGUCUUCACUGGAGGAAUUGCAUCUGUCUGGUAACUUGCUGAUGAAGCUGACAGCCGACACGCUGUGUGGAAUGCAGUCUUUAAAACACGUCGCUCUUGAAAGAAAUUAUAUCACAGAAAUAUCAGCGGGCACCUUUGAAUGUUUGGCGGACUUGGAUGAAUUGAAUUUAGCCAUGAAUUCCCUUUCCUGCAUUUCUGAUUUCCAUCUUUCUAAACUUAAGGUAUUGAACAUGAGCAGAAAUGGUAUUGAAUUCUUCAUGACAAACGUGAGUGAUGAUGAGUACCAGCUUCGGGAGCUUGAUCUGAGUCACAACAGAUUGUUUCAUUUUCCUCUCCUUCCGAAACUGCAUCACAUUGAACGUUUGAAUUUGUCCGGCAAUUUGUUGAUCAGUGUAGCAGCCGAACCCUUGAAGAACGCCAGUGAAUGGGAAAUCAGAAACAGAUAUGACGAAAUGAAGGAGGUAAAUAAGAUACACAAUGACAAUGCCCAUUCAACUUUAUCUGAAGUAAUAUUUUUGGAUUUAAGCAACAAUGCAUUGAUAGAUAUUUCACAUGACUUUCUUAAUAAAUUCAGUUCACUUCGACACCUGAAUCUCAGUGGAAACUGUUUUCAGAAUUUUAGCAUUGAAGAUGAGGAUGAAUUCAAUUUGCUGUUAUCUCUGGAUCUGAGUGACAAUGAAUUGAGCAACAUAUCUCUUGCAGUGGAUAACCUUAAAUUUCUCCAAUCAUUAAAGUUCUUGUACCUUCAAAACAAUUCCAUUCAGCUGUUACCCUCCCGACUAUUUGAACUUUUACCGAGAAUAGAAAGAGUAAAUCUUGCCAACAACAAUGUAAGACUUUGUAAUAUGGGAAAUACAACUAGAGGCAUUCACAAGAUCGGAACCAGCUGUGUGUCAUUUUCUGGAAUCCCCACCCUUAAGCACCUCAAGCUGGAUGGAAAUAACAUUACACACCUGGCCCCAUUCACAUUCUAUCACACUCCUUUGACAUAUUUGGAUCUUUCAAGAAAUCAAUACCUCAAUGUACCUGGUCAGGCUUUGAAAGGUUUAGAACACUCCUUGAAAUACCUUUCUUUAAGGUGGAAUUUGAUCCAAACCUCCAAGGUGACUUUGACCUGUCUGAAUCAUCUCAGAGACCUGGAUCUAUCAUACAAUCAGUUGGACAUUUUACCUCAGGAUGUUGGAUGUGCUCCGCUGAAAAGCCUUGAUAUUCGAGGCAACAACCUUAAGUUUCUUCAAGACAAGGUAAUUAAAAAUGUGUCUCAAACUCUUGAAACACUGUACCUGAGUGGAAAUAACUUCAACUGUUGCGCACUGACCUGGCUGGAGUUAUUAAAUGGUACUCAGGUUGAAAUACCUGAUGUGGCGAAUGCUCGUUGUUUUUACCUGAGUGGGAAUGAUUCUUCAACAGUCACGUUGUUGCACGAUUACAUGGGAGAAUGUGCGAAUGAAAGCAUCACAAAACCCAGUCCACUUCUGCUUAUAAUAUCUGCACUGGCCACUCUGCUGGUCAUUGGAUCUGUGAUAAUAUUAGUGGUUAGAGAGUGCUGUAGGCUGUGUCUGCCCACAGAGGUGGAGAGUUCGGAGACAGACACAGCUCCAGUUAAACUAAGCAGCGAACACCCGAAAGAAGGGAUAACUCUGAGUGUCAUCAAAAUAGACACUUGAAAUGAUGUAAUGGCCUGUUGAACUCUGCCAAG